AUGCCCGCCUUAAAGGAUUCAAAGAAACGCAAGGCGGUUACGCGUGAUGUUGAGGAGGAAGCAGGUGCAUUUUCUGGGGAUGAACUGAAUUCUGGGGACUUGGACGGUGCUCUUUCAGACACUGCGCACGACCUUUCGAGUGAUGAGGACGCUAGUGAUUCGGAAAUCGAAUUGAUUGAUGAUUUCAGCAGCGAUGAUGAAGAAGAGGAUGAGGAGGAGGAUAUUGACAGCGAUGAAAUUCCGUCGGGCGGAGAAGACGAAGGUGUUGUAGCGAAAAAGCUACCUACAGCGGUAAACCUGGAUGACCCGUCUCAAGAUGAAGAAAUCUCGAAUGAGGAGGAACAAUUGAAUUACCGCAUUGGGAAGGAUGCGAAUGGAAAGGACCGCUAUAUCUACGAUGAAAUCAAUCCUGACGACAAUUCCGACUACUCCGAUGCCGAAGAGAAUGCGAACACUAUCGGCAACAUUCCAUUGUCUUUCUACGAUCAAUACCCCCAUAUUGGCUAUGACAUUAACGGCAAAAAAAUCCUACGCCCUGCAAAGGGAGAGGCUCUUGAUGCAUUACUGGAUAGCAUUGAAGUUCCCAAGGGUUGGACGGGUCUUACCGAUCCAUCCACUGGAAAGCCCUUAGAACUGAGCCAGGAUGAACUCGAAUUAUUGCGCAAAGUGCAAAUGAACGAGAUUCCAGAGGAGGGCUACAACCCAUAUGAACCCCUGACCGAGUGGUUUACGACCGAAAAGGAAAUCAUGCCUCUUAGUGCUGCGCCUGAACCGAAGCGUCGUUUCGUGCCAUCAAAGCAUGAAGCUAAACGUGUUAUGAAAAUUGUGAAGGCGAUCAAGGAGGGUCGUAUUCUACCAUUCAAACCUCCUACCGAGGAAGACGAAGAAGACAAGGACUUGAUUAAGUAUGAUCUUUGGGCUGAUGAAGCUGAGCGACCUGAUCAUCCCAUGCACGUCCCAGCUCCAAAGCUCCCACCACCAGGAUACGAGGAGAGUUAUCACCCGCCGCCUGAAUAUCUGCCUGAUAAGAAAGAACGCAAAGCUUGGGAGGAGGCAGAUCCUGAAGACCGAGAGCAGGACUUCCUUCCCAGCGAUUUUGGUUCUCUUCGCAAGGUGCCCGGCUAUGAAAGUUUCAUCAAAGAAAAGUUUGAAAGAUGUUUGGAUCUUUACUUGGCGCCUAGAGUUAGGAGGAGCAAGCUGAACAUUGACCCCGAAAGCUUGCUUCCCAAACUCCCAAGCCCAGAAGAGUUGAAACCGUUCCCAACUGCAUGCGCGGCCGUUUUCAGAGGACACAAAGGCCGUGUCCGCAGCCUUGCUGUUGACCCUACCGGUAUUUGGCUCGCUACUGGUGGAGACGAUGGUACUGUUCGAGUUUGGGAACUGAUAACUGGCCGUCAACUGUGGAGCGUCAAAAUCGGUGAAGAUGAGGCAGUUAAUGCAGUUCGUUGGCGUCCAGGCAAGGAUGCUGUCAUCCUAGCCGCAGCAGCAGGCGACGAUAUCUUCCUUGCAGUCCCGCCCAUUGCUGACCCCGAAACUGAAAAGGCGAGCAUGGACCUCCUUGAUGCUGGCUGGGGAUAUGCUGCUUCAAAGCCUGCUCCAAAGGCUGCAGACGAGGAGAAAAAGAGCACACCUCCUCAGUGGAUACGUCCCUCAGCGGCCCUUGCAGACUCCGGUGUAUGCGCUGUGAUCCCUCUUCGUUAUGUCGCGAAGUCGAUCUCAUGGCACCGCCGGGGAGACUACUUUGUCACAGUGUGCUCUGGAUCCUCGACACCGGCCUCGGUGGCUAUCUCAAUCCACACCGUUUCUAAACACCUAACUCAGUACCCCUUCCGUCGACGCAUCAAGGGUGGAGGCCCACCACAGACAGCCCACUUCCACCCAUCGAAACCCAUCCUUUUUGUCGCCAACCAACGCACAAUCCGUGCCUACGAUCUUUCCCGCCAACUCCUCGUCAAGAUCGUUCAGCCUGGUGCCCGCUGGAUCUCGUCAUUCGACAUCCACCCAACAUCUUCCACUGCCGCAGGCGGUGAUAAUCUCAUCGUCGGUUCUUACGACCGACGUCUCCUCUGGCACGAUCUCGAGCUCUCCCAACGCCCAUACAAAACCCUCCGCUACCAUCGCAAGGCAAUUCGCGCCGUUAAAUUCCACCCCGGCGGACGUUAUCCCCUCUUUGCUGACGCCAGUGAUGAUGGUUCUCUUCAAAUUUUCCAUGGAAAUGUCACCGGUGAUAUGCUUAGCAAUGCUACCAUUGUCCCACUUAAGGUCCUGAAGGGUCACAAGAUUACCGGAGAACUAGGUGUUUUGGAUAUUGAUUGGCACCCUCGGGAAGCAUGGUGUGUAAGUGCAGGUGCAGAUGGAACGUGUCGAUUGUGGAUGUAA